GGACCCCGGAGGCGCCCAAGCCAAUGGCUCACCGCGAGAGGCCCGGGGGCGGGGAAGACGGCAGCCGCGUGCCCAACCCGAGGCCCGGGAGGUGGUUGCGGAGUGAAUCUUCUGGAAGGCGACUUUAAAGGCGCCGGGCCAGAGCGAAGGGCGUUUCGGUGCCGCCGCCGCCGCCGCCGUCGCCGCCGCCCGGGCCGGGGAGGGGGCGCGUUGGAAGCAGAAAGCGAGCUGCGCCGAGGUGGUCGCGGGAGCAGCUGGUGACCCGCGCAAGAUGAACCACAAGAGCAAGAAGCGGAUCCGCGAGGCCAAGCGGAGUGCGCGGCCGGAGCUCAAGGACUCGCUGGACUGGACCCGUCACAACUACUACGAGAGCUUCUCGCUGAACCCGGCGGCCGUGGCGGAUAACGUGGAAAGGGCAGACGCGUUACAGCUGUCCGUGGAAGAAUUUGUCGAGCGCUACGAAAGACCUUACAAACCCGUGGUUCUGCUCAAUGCCCAAGAGGGCUGGUCUGCUCAGGAGAAAUGGACCCUGGAGCGCCUCAAAAGGAAAUACCGGAACCAGAAGUUCAAGUGCGGUGAGGAUAAUGACGGUUACUCAGUGAAGAUGAAGAUGAAAUACUACAUCGAGUACAUGGAGAGCACUCGAGAUGACAGCCCCCUUUACAUCUUUGACAGCAGCUAUGGUGAACACCCCAAAAGAAGGAAACUUCUGGAAGACUACAAGGUGCCCAAGUUUUUCACUGAUGACCUUUUCCAGUAUGCCGGGGAGAAACGCAGGCCCCCUUACAGGUGGUUUGUGAUGGGGCCGCCACGCUCUGGAACCGGAAUUCACAUCGACCCUCUGGGAACCAGUGCCUGGAACGCCUUAGUUCAGGGCCACAAGCGCUGGUGCCUGUUUCCUACCAGCACGCCCAGGGAACUCAUCAAGGUGACCCGUGAAGAAGGAGGGAACCAGCAAGACGAGGCUAUUACCUGGUUUAGUAUCAUCCAUCCCCGGACGCAGCUUCCCACCUGGCCGCCUGAAUUCAAACCCCUGGAGAUCUUACAAAAACCAGGAGAGACUGUCUUUGUACCAGGAGGCUGGUGGCACGUUGUCCUUAAUCUUGACACCACCAUUGCCAUCACCCAGAAUUUUGCCAGCAGCACCAACUUCCCUGUUGUAUGGCACAAGACGGUAAGAGGAAGACCAAAGUUAUCGCGGAAAUGGUAUAGGAUCUUGAAGCAAGAGCACCCCGAGUUGGCGGUCCUGGCCGACUCGGUUGACCUUCAGGAGUCCACGGGGAUCGCAUCCGACAGCUCCAGUGACUCCUCCAGUUCCUCCAGCUCCAGCUCGUCCGACUCGGACUCGGAGUGUGAGUCCGGGUCUGAAGGGGACGGGACGACGCACCGCAGGAAGAAGCGGAGGACGUGCAGCAUGAUGGGAAACGGGGACACCACCUCCCAGGACGACUGUGUGAGCAAAGAGCGCAGCUCCUCCAGGAUUAGGGACACUUGUGGAGGCCGGGCUCACCCCUGAGCAAAGAGAGAGACUGUCCCUGAGGUGGUUCCUGCGUACGUGGUUGGCGGCCACCUGACUCAGUUUUCACGUCUUCUGCUCCCUCCUUCUCCUCUGUCUUCUCUGAAUUUGGAUCAUCCUUCUCUGGUCCAAGCUUCUGUCUUCGGUCAAACGCUGUUUUCACUGCUUCCUAAGAAUAGAUGGCCAAGAAGUUUAAAAGCUCACGACCCUCAGUGAAACCCCGAAACGCUGCAGGCCCGUGGGCCCCUGGGUGACAAGGCCUGUGCUGUCUCUGAACCACGCUGCUCCGCCCCGAGGCCGGAGGGCCGCCAUCCCGGGACCGGCCGGCUGCAUCUGACCCCUCGCCGACCGUUGGUGCGGAACCUCUGCCGUCCAAGAGCCGGCUGCCCACCAGCGGGCCCUGAGGGGCGAGCGGACUCGGAUUUGUGUGCGAGCCGGUUACGCGUACGAAGGUCCGCGUGUGCGCCACCUCCCCGUGUCACCCUUUGUCCGAAGCCGCGUGGCGGUGACCCAGCCGGCACGUGCGGCACCGCUCACCACCGCGAGCACUGUCUUGUGAUGCGUUCCCUUCUCUCUGCUGUCAGAGUGCCUCGUGCGUCCCGGCAGUGUGUGUGUGCCGAGUGUCCUGGGGGGAAGGACGCCGCAUCGGGGUUUGGGUUGGGGACAGAGCAGGAAAGGUGUUCAGUGCAUUCUCAUCACGGAACGUGAAUGAGGAACGGGGCUGCCUCCUGACAGACGUGUCCUGGUCUUUCCUGCCGCGUGAUCUGCUUCGCGAGAGACGUCGCGAUGAGUGUCCCCGUUCGUUUGACCGGCAGACACGAGGUGGGCGCCUCGGGCUGCACGUCUGGAGUGAGGUCAUAUACGGUGCUUCUCGCCUUUGGGAUCUCGUCUGGGCUUCCAGACGACUCCGCCGUGAACGCUUGGGGAUUGCCCAGCAGGUUCCACGUCUUGCCCUCUUCAUUCUUAUCUGCUUGCCUUAAUCCGUCCCUGAAUUCAACUAAACUUAAAAGUAAAAGGGGGCUUGGCAGGGACGUGCCGUCUUCUGGGUGGGAACGCAGGCCAGGGCACGAGCAGCCAGAGGGCAGAGGAACUCUCACCGUAGUCUCCCGGGCGAGCCGCGAGGUAUGUGCACGCAUCCUGGAAUCGUGUGGUGUCGCCUCCCCCAGAUCCUCCCGACACGUGGCUUUAAUCUGGGGAACCCAGGUCUCUUCUGUGCAGAGGUUACAUUUUUAGCAGAGUGGUUACCAUUUCUCGACACUAGGUCGGUCGAGUGGCUUUACUCUAGGAGGUUGGGCCCCUAUUUUGUGUUUUCUGCAUCCUCAAAUGCCAAUGCAAAGAAGCGGCCGGAUGGGAUGGAGAACAUCUGCCACCUUCCUCAUCGCUGGCGCCCGUCACCCGCCCUCCUUUCCCCGCCCGGCCGCAGGGCUCGGCGGCACCGGGCUCCAGGGUGUGUGUGCGUGUGAAUAAAGUCACACGCGGAACUUGUAACCUGUUUGUAUUAAUACCUGAAUGGUGUUCCUCCUCCUUUCUAAAAUUUUCUUGCCAUCUUCAAAAUAAUUUUUUCAUCUCCCCAGUAUUGCUACGGGGCUAUCGCACCUUCCUCUCAAAUUCGUACCAACUUCUCUCUAAGCCUCGGUUUAAAGGCAAACCAACAAAAGCAAAAGGCUAUUUGCCGCCAGGGGGCGUGCAGUGGCUGCGACGACGGUAGUUUGAAUUGGAGAGAUUAGCCUCUCCCCCCACCCCCCCCCCCAGAGGCUCCAGCGAUGGGUGAUUCCUGUUUGACAAACAAUACUCAGAAAUAAGGGAUCCAGCUCAUCUGGCAGGCUCGCAGUCCCUUCACCUGAAAGCAUCUGGCUCACACAGAUUACGUGCUGCCAUUGGGCUCUCGCCGGCCCACGAAUGACCAUGGGGCAGCCUUUGUUUUAGCCAGGCCGGGAUUCAGCACCUCCCACGCCUCCCUUUUUACUGUCACCGUGGGCCAGCCGAGCACACCGGUGUGGAAGGAAAGCAGGCAUGGGGUGCGGAAACUGAGAAAGGAGUGGAGUGAUGGCCGGGUGCUCAGGACAAGGUAGAAAGUGGGGACCAGGGCCAUCUGUUCUGACGUCAACCCUUCUGCCCUCGUGGCCUGAGCUGCUCCGCGUGCCAUCAGCAGUAGUGAGAGAAGGGAUAGCGCAUGAAACUAUUUUCUAGGGAUUCUUCAACUUAAAACCCAACGUGCUGGGUCCUGGAACGAGGGCUCUUGGACCGGUAACGUCUGAUAGGAGCAGGUGGAUGAAGACGGGGGGGGGGGGGGGGAGCCUCUGGGGCUUCGGGAGUGAGCACCAAGGGUUCUACCAUCAGCCUGAGUAUCCAGGGCCGCACACAGGUGCCUCUGGGGUCAUCAGUAGUGCUGGGAUAUUCAGGGUGACACCUUUGAGGGGAGAGCCACCAAACACAGGGACGUUGUUCACAUUUGGCUCAGGCUCGCAGAUGCCCAUUGAUUAGUCAUUCGAGCACCCAGCCUGCGUAUGAGUGCCAGCCACUGUUCUAGGUGCUGGAGAUGAAGCAGUGGCGAGUCCAGGUCCCUCCUCUCGUGGAGCUAAGGGACAGUGAGUGUGCCGUGGUUCCCAAGGGUCGCUGGUCGGGGUCAGUAGAGUCCGGCAUAUCCAUUUCCGCGGCCAGGAAAGCAAGUUCAGACUUUACAAAAUACAAGUUGAUGAGAUCUUCAUAAAAGAACGUAAUUAACAUCAUAGCCGUGUUCUUAGUAUUUGGUUUCUCUUUCUAAAUUAGCUAAAGAUAUCUAAGGGUAAGCAAGAAAGUUGCUGGUAUAAGUUGCUUCGUGAACUUAUUAGAGGUUCCGCCUGGAUGUGAUUUAGGACCUCAGAUGAGCGUGUGGGACAGAGCGCGAGUUUUGCGGUCAAUGUCGUAAAAAGUGCUUUCUAAGGACGUAGGCGUGUAAGUGCGCAGCUGUAGGUUCCUCGAAUCCUGUGUAGCGUUUCCACAAGUAAGUCGUUUGUCAUGUGUGCUGGUACUGUCGAUGGUUCCCCGCGGAGUCUGGUUCCUCCUCACACUCCCCUCCCCGCCUUCUGCCACAAUGUUCCAAUGAUGUCACGUUCUAUACAGCCAAACUAGACAAACCUCGUGCCCCGGCCCCUCAGGUGGUGGCUGUCAUCGGUAGUUCAAAAACGUGACACUCCUCGUGUCCCCUGAGCACUGGCCCGGCCGGCUGUCUCCUGGGUGACUGGACAGUGCGGAAGGCCGGGGACCACGUGCUGAGUUGAGUCCUCACGCCUCCUGCAGCUGUCACACGCACCCAGCAGCCUCCUACGUCUGCUUUCAUCUCGCCGUGGGCUCCGCCACCAAAUGCCUGUGGCUCUGCCAUUUGACUGGUAUUUUUAACUUUCACUUGGAUGAAACUUGUUCAUCAUUUUAAAUAAAGCAACUUGGUUUGGA